UUCGGUGACUAUCUGUGAGAGAGGCGAAAGCAAGUGUUUGCCUAGCUUGCAGGUCGUAAUUUCAGUCGAGUAUACCGUAGUUAGUUAGGCAUGGCAACCAAUUCCAACUCCAGCUCUGGAAUUGAAGUUCACAACACUCUCCAAUCUAUCCGCUACAAGCUUGGCUCCCUACAGCUUCUCGACCAGGUCUGCCAUGCGGGAGAUGGUGGUCCGUGGAGCACCUGCUAUUGCUAUUGCAGCAGCCCUUUCUCUUGCAGUGGAAGUGUUUACUAACUUAGACCAUUUUAAUGGGACUUCUGAGGACGCUGCCUCUUUCCUUUUCAAGAAAUUGGAAUAUCUCGUUUGGAGCCGACCGACAGCAGUGAAUCUUGCAGAUGCAGUAACGAAACUUAAAGAAGUUAUAUCUAAGACUGCUGCUACUGCUUCAGAAUCCAAUGAUGUUUUUCAGGCUUACAUAGAAGCUGCUGAAAUUAUGCUUGAAGAUGAUGUUGCUUCAAACAAAGCAAUUGGGUCUCAUGGAGCAACUUUUAUUCAGAAUCAACUGAAAAACUCUGACAGGCUUCUAUUCUGACCCAUUGCAAUGCUGGCUGGUCCAUCCCUUAUCAUUGAGUGUGUGUUUUCUUCAUACUCUUUUCCUUCCCGAAAGGGUUUUUUUUUUUUUUUUUCCUUUUGAUUGCCAAAAAAAAUCUGGGGAAGUGUUUAUGGUUCCAAUUUUGUUUCAAUUUGUUUUCCUAGCCUUGCAACAGCUGGGUAUGGUACUGCUCUAGGAGUGACUCGUGCACUUCAUACUGAAGGAGUGUUAGAGAGGGCCUACUGCACAGAAACACGUCCUUUCAAUCAUGUGAGAUUUAACUAGAGUAUUAUAUCUUCUCAUUUGCAAUUUUGCAAGCUUGGUUGAAAAAAAUAAAGUAGUUUGAGACCAGGUUCUGUGUCAGAAUAAGUUCAUCGGUGUAAGAAAAUGUCUGAAAGCAUAGAUUGCAUCUUCCAUAUUCAAAUACGCAUAAAUAAAAUUGCUUACUGGGUGACCACAUAACAGAAGUUGUAAAAAGUCUGCUAGUUGACACAUGGGGAUGUACAUCAUGCAUCCUUCAGGUAAAUUGUGCAGUGACAAAUGGUCUGGAGGUGGGGACAGCCCAUCCAGCAGUUCCCAUCUCAUGGUUUAACGCAACCAAAUCUACCACAUAACAUUGCAUGUAUACCUUUCCAACAAUUCGAUGUUUGGAAUUGAUUGACAACAAAAGCAAAGAUGGGAAGAUUUGGGAUAAAUUUAUGGCAAAGAAUGGACGAAAAUGAUGGUGAUGAUGAUGGCAGAGUUUGAUGCUAAUGGUGUUUAAUAAGCUAUCUCUAUCAAACUACAAUAUUGAUUUUGUCUUUCACCAUCAUAAUUAUAAUGUUGUGCAUAUUAAUGACUCAUAACAUUGCAGAUUAGUGAACCUGCAUAUAUUAAUAGCUGCUAUCACCAGCUUGAAAAUUGAGGUUUGAAUUGCUUUGUCAAAGCAAUUUGCUACAUAUGAAUUGUUGCGAGAAUUUUGCUGUUGCCAGG